GGUAGAUCCGAGCCACCCAGAGCAGCAGCAGCCCCAGGAAGCUUAUGAUCUCCCCGGGAAAGAAUUGACUGCGUUUCCAAUAGGAACACAGAGGACAGCUCCAUGUGACCUGAAGAUGGAGUAGUAACAAAGGCAUCCCCCAUGAUUCUCAGCACCCUUCGCUGUGGACUCCAGCCCCAGCCAGAGGCUGCAUGUGGAGCUGAAAAAACUGACCAGCUGCUUUCCUGAGAGCCCCUUUCUCUCCUAAUUCAUGAGCCAGCAGGAUGCGGUCGCCGCGCUUUCAGAACGCCUGCUCAUAGCUGCGUACAAAGGCCAAACAGAGAAUGUGGUUCAGCUCAUCAACAAGGGUGCCAAGGUAGCGGUUACCAAGCAUGGCCGGACCCCCUUGCAUCUCGCUGCCAAUAAGGGUCAUCUUUCUGUGGUGCAGAUUUUGCUGAAGGCUGGCUGUGACCUCGAUGUACAAGAUGAUGGGGACCAGACAGCCUUGCACCGGGCCACUGUGGUGGGAAACACUGAGAUCCUCACAGCGCUUAUCCGGGAGGGAUGUGCCCUGGACAGACAGGACAAGGAUGGGAAUACGGCCCUGCAUGAAGCCGCCUGGCAUGGAUUCAGCCAGUCAACCAAGCUGCUCGUUAAAGCCGGAGCCAACGUGCUUGCCAGAAACAAGGCAGGGAACACGGCUCUGCACCUGGCCUGCCAGAACAGUCACUCCCAGAGCACACGCGUCCUCCUGCUGGGCGGCUCCCGGGCUGACCUCAAAAAUAAUGCAGGGGACACCUGCUUGCACGUGGCUGCGCGCUAUAACCACUUGUCCGUUGUUAGACUCCUCCUCAGUGCUUUCUGCUCUGUUCAUGAAAAGAACCAGGCUGGAGACACGGCCCUCCAUGUGGCCGCUGCCCUAAAUCACAAGAAGGUAGUUAAAAUCCUGCUGGAAGCCGGUGCUGACACGACCCUUGUGAACAAUGCAGGCCAGACCCCGCUGGAGACCGCCCGCUACCACGACAAUCCCGAAGUUGCUCUGCUCCUCACCAAGGCUCCCCAGAUCUUGCGCUUCAGUCGUGGGCGAAGCCUGAGGAAAAGGAGGGAGAGGCUCAAGGAAGAGAGGAGGGCUCAGUCUGUGCCCAGAGAUGAGGUGGCCCAGAGCAAGGGAAGCGUCUCAGCAGGAGACACCCCCAGCAGUGAACAAGCUGUACCCCAAAAGGAAGAAGCUAGGAGAGAUUGCCCACCAGCCUCCCAGGAGCCAAGAAAGGAUGAAAGGAGGAGAAAGUCAAGGCCAGAGGUGUCAGCACUAUCUGACCCCACCCCAGCAGCAGACCAACAACCUGGACACCAAAAGAACCUACAUGGUCAUCACCACCAGAAAAAGAAGAGCAGACAUCGAUGCUGGUCCCCACCACCGCCCCACGGGUUCAGGGCGUACCAGCUCUACACGCUGUACCGUGGCGAGGAUGGGAAAGUGAUGCAGGCACCCAUCAAAGGUUGUCGCUGUGAGCCUCUGAUCAACAAGCUGGAGAACCAGCUGGAGGCGGCUGUGGAGGAGUUAAGAGCAGAGCUGGGAUCAGUGCAGGACAAAGUGAACACAAAGCUGGGCCACAUGGAGAGCAAGAGCCAGCACCAAAUGUGCGUUUUGGACAAACUGAUGGUGGAGCGGCUGUCAGCGGAGAGAACGGAAUGUCUGAAUCGCCUGCAGCAGCAUGCGGCUGCUGAGAAGCAGGAGGGAGAGAAACGUCAGAUGUCGUUGGUGGAUGAACUGAAAUCCUGGUGUAUGUUGAAGAUUCAGAAUCUGGAGUUGAGACUUUCUGGAGAGUCUCGGACCUUUAGAGCUAAAUCCACGCCAUCUCCCUGCGACUCCUCUCCAGCUGUAGACCAACCAGUGGUAGCUGCAGGGCCGGGAGCAGCUUCCGACAGCUCCUCUCAGGUUGUGAGGCCCAAGGACAAGGCACUCAAUGCCACUGCUGUCCCCAGACACCAGCAGGAGCUGCUUCCCUCUGACUGCACAGGCUCCGGGUUAAGGAAGGUCAAGGCCCCGGGUGCUUCCAGACUGGGUGAUCAGCAGACUGGGUCCUGUGUCAACCGAGGCACUCAAACCAAGAAGUCUGGGAGAGGUGGGCAGACCAAGCAUCGAGGCCAACAACCGACAGCCAGCAGCCCCAGUGGGCAGCAGCCAUCCGCGGCAAGCAGUGACGCCCGAGAUGCCUCGCAAGCCCUGGAGCUAACCCAGUAUUUUUUCGAGGCUGUUUCUGCUCAGAUGGAAAAGUGGUACGAACGGAAAAUUGAAGAAGCACGAAGCCAAGCCAGUCAGAAAGCUCAGCAAGAUGAGGCCACACUGAAGGAGCACAUCAGAAGUCUAGAAGAGGAGGUUGCCAAGCUGCGUACAAAGAUGCAGAAGUAAAACCAGAUCCUGAAGUGGACCCAGCAGGGUUUCCAGCUUGAUAACAGCAAAGUAACUGUGUCCCCAGAGUUGGUUGUCAUGCACAAGGUGGAUUUGCCUUUAAUAAAGUCACUAAUUUGUUGUGGACACAUACUUCGUGCUCUGAAGUUACAAGGCCUUCACUGGUUAAUGAAUCCUGGGAAGAUGUCCAUAAACAGCAAGACACACCAAGAGGAGGAGGUGUGACCCACAUCUGUGAUUCAGUGACAUGAAGUGUGUCAGAAGCAGAGCAGAGAACUCUGGGAACCCCAGUAGCCAUUCACGUCCACGCCAACACACCUGCUGUGCCUAGACGGUCCUUCUAGCAGAGCUGGGACUCAGAUGCGGGAAGCCCUCUUUCUCCCAUGUAACUCAAGAUGCUCAUCUUUUAAAGGGGUGAAACCCUUUCAGGUUGUGAGGAUAUACACUGUGAUGACCUCAUUGUCCAGUGUGUCUUCAAGUAAGUUUAAGGAUCAUAUAAAGGAGUAGCAAUUGCUGACUGUCAAGUGAGAAGAGUUUAAAAUAUUGGUCAGUUACUGUGGUUUUGGCCAAAUAACUGAGCAGAUUAAUGGAAAAAUAUUCACCAAACAACUCCAGCCAGUUACCUUAGAUUACCUUUCUAGAGUCAAGACGUUUGUUCCAUGUUUUGUAAAGAAAUCAGGAAAUAUCACGAAAGUUUAAUUUUGAAUUGACUUCUCACUGAAGAACAUCAAGCCGUCAGAAGGCUUUGCCUGUUUACUGAGUAAGAUGUACUAGACUGAGGUGGUGACUCUAUCUUGGUUGAGACCUUAGAUUUGCCUAAUCCUUUGGUACAUGGAAUAUGGAUUAUGUCCGUCUCCACAUAUGCAUAGAAACGUAUGUUUCUCUAAGCCUAAGGACCUAAUAACUACUGUCCAUGAAUUAUAACUAAAAUGCUGUUCAUUGAGCCAAAGAGAAGUGAUCUUUGCGGAAUAGUAUGCAUUUAUGCCUUGGUCAAGCCAAGUUCUUCCUUUUGCUUGUAGUGACAAUCCACAGAUAGACAUUCAUAUAAACACGACAGGGCAGAUAUUGGGUAUGCAUCAUCCAGUGAGCCCAAUUAUUUCCUGGGACCGACCUAUCCUCAGCCUCUUGGGAGGUACAGCCCUUCCCCAUUCUCCUUCACUGGAGUCCUGUCCUCAGCUCACUUGCACCUGAGCCCUGCUAUGACACUACCCACAACAAAAUGUCACUCACUCCUGUAGGAUCACUCCUUAUUCAUACAGUAAAUUAUUGGGAACUGCCUAAUACUGAGUAAGAGACGAAACCCCGAGCUCAGCAUGAGUUAUUUUCACUAUUAGAAUACUCAUUACCUCAAGAAACCCUUGACGAGAAGGGCAGAAAUCAACUGUAACUGAACAUCAAGUCUAGACCACAGAAUAUCUUAGUGGCAGUGCUUUGAUGAUAUCCUCCUACCUAUGAGAAGCAGGCAGCUUAUCACUGUGAAUGGAUGUUUUUGUCAAGUCAUUAAGCGUAAAGACCAGGCUAUUGUCUAAGGCCAGUCAGCCCCUGACCCACAGGGUUGACUUCUGAGGAAGUGGUGGUUGGCUUGUUUUUGGAAGGCUUACCGUGUACUCUAGACUGGCUUUGGUCUCAUGACCUUCCUGUCUCGGCCACCUGAGUUGGGACUAAAGGAGUGAGCCCCAUGGCCAAUCCUGUUUUGUUUGUAACACCAGUGUUAGGUUUGUGGCAAUUGGUCCUCAGCAUUGUACAGCACUGAGGAUCAGCUGUGUCUUUCUCCUCGUGCUGUGUGCAAAAACAAGCAAAUAUCCCAGCUGUACUUUUACAGAUAACUGCUCAUACCAUACACUCUCACAAUAGGUCAUGUUUCAGACCGAGGCCUAAAAAGUGUCAACAGCCGUGAAGAAACAUGUUAUAAAACAGUAGUGUUGCAUAUCAAUGUCCUUUUUAAAAAACAGGUAAUUGUUAGCACAUCCCUUAGUGUGCAUACUGAGCAUCUGUGCUGGGGUGAAAGUGUUAGUCUAGCAUCACUUUUGAUGUGGAGUCCAAAAUACAGGUUUUUCAUGUUUAGAUUUGUGUGUGCAAGGCAUGCUAAUUUUUUUAGUCACCUUGAACUUGUGUCUCCUAUAAGCAUUAAACGUUUGAGUUCUGUCGGUAUCCUA